UUUUACAUGUAAGUAUACAAGUACUUAUCACUGCUGUAUAACUUGUGUAUUGAUAUUUUUCAAGUGCGUGUCAUAGCUCACCUAGCGUCAUUUGUAUCAUAAGGAGCUGGAGUUUAUACAGGUAUACAUUGUAGGUAGGAACUAAUAAAUAUACAAUCAGCUGACGGAGCAGUUCGCGAACGUUACAUUGUUAUCAGCACGCAGUAGUUUUGGAGUACAGACUUGUGCGUAUGUGUGUAUAAACUGUAUGAUAUGUAGCACGGCAAAGUAAUAUCAGCAACAGCGGACGUCGGUGCCAAUCUGGACAUAUACAUCUACAAAUACCUAAUUAAUGAAACACAAUAAUAUGCGUAACGGAGGAAUUGUGGCCGAGGCCAAGGAGCAAUGUUCGUAAGGGAUCCCUGUGGCAUUCUCUGCAUAAUCGUCACUUAUCUUGCCGUCUUUUACGCCGACUAUGUCGUCGUCAAGUGGAUCGUACUUUACACCAUGCAGGAGAGCCUCUGGUGUCCAUUGCACGUGAUCGCAUUCAACACAGUGGUUUUGCUGCUGAUGAUGUCGCACUUGAAGGCCGUGUGCACCGAUCCAGGAGUCGUGCCCUUGCCACAAUCGAGGAUGGACUUCUCGGACAUUCACACGGGCUCGGGCAGCGAGGACUGCGACGAGAGAGACGACUGGACUGUCUGCAGCAGGUGCGAGACUUAUAGGCCACCUAGGGCCCAUCACUGCAGAAUUUGCAAGAGGUGCAUUAAAAAGAUGGAUCACCACUGUCCGUGGAUCAACAACUGCGUCGGGGAGAGGAAUCAAAAGUACUUCAUACAAUUUUUGGUCUACGUAGGUGUGUUGGCCAUGUAUGCUGUGGCUUUGCUCAUUUCAGCUUGGGCUUAUGAUUGUCCACAGUGCAGCAACGACAUGGCCAUCAAACAAACUCGCAUUUUACACUGUGUGAUACUAGGAUUAGAGUCGGUCAUGUUUGGCACGUUUGUUAUCGCCAUUUUAGUCUAUCAGUUCCAGGCGAUACUCGACGACGAGACCACGAUCGAGCGUCUCCAAACCAGCAGUCAUCGCAGGAAUACAAAAACUUUUGCUUUGCUCUCGCAAGUAUGCGGCAAGAGCCAUCCGAUUUUCUGGCUAUUACCCUGUCACAAUCCUCCGCGAUAUUCAUACAGACGUGAUUUCCUCGUGGACCACGAAGUUUGAGCCAAAUCUUCCUUUUUCUUGUCCAUGGGAGUGUAUCUCUCUUAGGAAGAAUAUCAACGAUUUAUUUUUCUACUUUAAGACGUUUUUAUUUUUGUACUCGAUUUUCCAGACGAAUUUAAUUACCCAAAGCGAGUAGUUGAUUGAACCUUUCGUCACAGUAUAUAGUUAGACGAAAAUAUAUCAGACAUGUACAAAAUCACUAGUACGAUGAGCAACCAUCUAUAGAUAAAAUUUUUAUACCAUAAUCCUAAGGUUCUUUGGAGGAAGUUUAAGCAAUUUUAAUUAUAUAUUAUUGCUUUAUAGUAAUAAAAGAAAUCGUAGGCUUAUAAGUGUAUCAAGGGUACUUUUUUACUUUGCAGUAUUUAUUUCAUGUUUAAUGGUAAUAGAGUUGACUUGACUUUUGCAGAAACAAUCGUUUUUUGCAUUAACAAUGUAAAUUAAAAUAUUUUUUUUUACAAACUCGAAUCGAGGUACCACUAUUUAGGAAAAAAAUAGUUUGUAAUGUAAGUCUCUAGAAUCAUUAGAGGACUCAAAUACUCCGACGUGGUUCUUUUUAAUUGGUACUACGUAUGUCAUCUUUAAAUCAUAACGGUAUAAGUAUCUUUAGGAGUCACAUUUUUGGUAUUUGGAGUUGAAUAAAUUCUCGGGAAAAGACUGCUGAUAAAAGCUAAUAAUCUUAAUCGACAUAAGAUGUGAGAGAUUCUUUAUAAGGAGAAAUAUUUAUUUUGUGCAUAUUUUAAGUUCUCAACUGACAUAUUUUAUAAUUACAUUGGUUCGUGAAUUAGUAUACACCAAAGUAAUAAUUUUAACAAUGAUGUAUGUGAAAUAUACUUAAUUUUUAAAAAU